UCUUCCGGAACGAGCGUCUGGGCGCCCGCACGUGGUUGUGUUGCCCUGCUCGAGCCGGCACUGGCGGAGAAGUGAUUGAACUGUCCUCCCGGAGCGAGUGAGCCGAGCCAUGGAGGGCCAUAGCGUGGAGGAGCUGCUGGCAAAGGCGGAGCGGGACGAGGCGGAGAAGCUGCAGCGCAUCACGGUGCACAAGGAGCUGGAGCUGGAGUUCGACCUGGGUAACCUGCUGGCCACGGACCGGAACCCCCCAACGGCGGUGCGGAGCGCGGGACCCACGCCGGAGGCCGAUCUGCGGGCCCUGGCGCGGGACAACACGCAGCUACUCAUCAACCAGCUGUGGCAGCUGCCCACCGAGCGCGUGGAAGAGGCGCUGGUGGCGCGGCUGCCGGAGCCCACCACUCGCCUGCCGCGCGAGAAGCCGGUGCCCCGGCCGCGGCCGCUUACACGCUGGCAGCAGUUCGCGCGCCUCAAGGGCAUCCGUCCCAAGAAGAAGACCAAUCUGGUGUGGGACGAGGUGAGCGGCCAGUGGCGGCGCCGCUGGGGCUACCAGCGCGCCCGCGACGACACCAAGGAAUGGUUGAUCGAGGUGCCCGGCGGUGCCGACCCCAUGGAGGACCAGUUCGCCAAGCGGAUUCAGGCUAAGAAGGAACGGGUGGCCAAGAACGAGCUGAACCGGCUGCGUAACCUGGCCCGCGCGCACAAGACGCAGCUGCCCAGCGCGGCCGGCAUGCACCCUACCGGGCACCAAAGUAAGGAGGAGCUGGGCCGUGCCAUGCAGGUGGCCAAGGUCUCCACCGCCUCUGUGGGGCGCUUCCAAGAGCGCCUGCCCAAGGAGAAGGCGCCCCGGGGCUCUGGCAAGAAAAGGAAGUUUCAGCCCCUUUUCGGGGAUUUUGCAGCUGAGAAAAAGAGCCAGUUGGAGCUGCUGCGAGUCAUGAACAGCAAAAAGCCUCAGCUGGACGUGACGAGGGCCACCAAUAAGCAGAUGAGGGAGGAGGACCAGGAGGAGGCGGCCAAGAGGAGAAAAAUGAGCCAGAAGGGCAAGAGAAAGGGGGGCCGGCAGGGUCCAGGGGGCAAGAGGAAAGGGGGCCCGCCUAGCCAGGGAGGAAAGAGGAAGGGGGGCUUGGGAGGCAAGAUGAAUUCCGGGCCGCCUGGCUUGGGUGGCAAGAGAAAAGGAAGGCAACAUCAAGGAGGAAAGAGGAGGAAGUAAAUUGCACCCGCGAACCCGUGUAAACCAAGAACUAUACUAAAUUUUAAGUUCUGCGUACUGUACUGUAGGGGGAGAUGCAGAAGAAGGUGACCGAUACCUUCACUGAGCUUGAGGUUGAAGGGAUAGAACUGCCCUUCCCUCAAGAUAUUGUGUAAGUGUUGGACUCUCCAAAUUAAUGUUUUUCCCACAACCAAGACUUUGGAGAUUAAAGGAUGUAUUUGAGGACUUAAGAAUUAGGGAAAGAAGUUGGUCGAAACUGAGAAUGAGUUCUGUUUUCAGACAGACAUCUUUUUCCUUUUUAACUUUUGGAUAUGGUGUGAGGAACAGUUAGUCAUGUUUUGAGCCUUAGAUUGAUUUCUUUUAUUCAUUAUUUUUGUAACAAACCUGUGUAUUUAUCAAAGUCAGGGGGAAACAGGAAGAUUACAUUUUCAGAACUGGAGUUACAAGUCACUGUUGUAAAGGUUAUGUAAUAAAAGUAUAUCUGUAUCUAA